AUGUUGAGUUUCUUAGAGCAGGUGUCGAUAUACACUCUGACGUUGUUUCUUGGUGCUUCCUUCGUGUUCUUUACAUGGUAUAAUUCGAAAUCAUCAUCCACUUCAUCCACCACCAAGAAACUGCCACCAUCACCACCAAAACUGCCAGUCAUCGGCAACCUCCACCAGCUAGGUGCAAGCGUCCACCACUCCUUUCUAUCUCUGGCCAGACGUUAUGGUGACUCGCUCAUGCUCCUCCACAUCGGCUCAGUCCCAAGCCUUGUGGUCUCAUCAACAGAAGCAGCUCGCGAGAUCAUGAAAACUCAUGAUAUAGCAUUUGCAAGUAGGCCUAACACAAGAAUGUUCAGAGCUAUCUCUUACAAUCUCAAGGAGAUAACAGUCGCUCCUUAUGGAGAAUACUGGAGGCAAGCGAAAAGCAUUCUAACGCUUCAGCUUCUAAGUAACAAAAAGGUUCAAACUUAUAAUGGAUUGAGAGAAAAGGUAAUUGCCGAUUGCGUAGAUAAGAUAACCCAGUGUUUCUUAUCUAACAAGCCGGCAGACUUGAGCGACUUGUUUAGCUCGCUUACAAACGACGUGACAUGCAUGGCGACGUUUGGGAGGACGUAUAACGAAGGGGAGAUUGGGAGGAAGUUCAAGAAGGUGUUGCAAGAGUUCUCGGAGGUGUUGGGUAGCUUUUAUUUUGAGGACUCUAUUCCUCAGCUUGCGGUGGUUGAUCGUCUUAGAGGUCUCAGUGCUAAAGUUGAUAGAGUCGCUGUAGAUUUCGACGAGUUCCUACAAGGCGUGGUCGAUGAGACCAUAAUAAAGGUACGCAAUAACUCUGAAAAAAUUUCUGAAGAUGGUGUGGAAACCUUCAUUGAAGGACUACUCAAGGUUCAGAAGGAAGAUAUUAUCGGCAUCACCAUCGAUGCAGAUGUCAUUAAAGCACUCCUCUUGGACGCAUAUGUCGCUGGAACAGAUACAUCAUCUUCGGUACUUGAAUGGGCGAUGACUGAGCUUCUGUUACAUCCGGAUAACUUGAAGAAAGUCCAAGAUGAGGUAAGAAGCAUUCUUCGUGGAAAAGAAGAGAUAACAGACGAAGAUCUUGACAAGAUGACUUAUCUUAAAGCCGUGAUCAUGGAAACCACCCGCCUCCAUCCUCCCCUUCCGAUUCUACCUCCAAGAGUCGCACGACAUGAUGUUAAUGUGAUGGGGUAUGAUAUUGCAGAAGGAACAAGGGUAUACGUGAACGUUUAUGCAAUUAUGAGGGAUCCUAAAGUGUGGGAAAAAGCCGAAGUGUUUCUACCAGAGAGGUUCUUGGAGUCGUCUAUUGAUUUCGUAAGGCAUAAUUUCGAGUUGCUUACGUUUGGAGCUGGAAGAAGGGGUUGCCCUGGAAGGGUAUUUGCCAUGGCUAUUAAUGAGAAGGUGUUGGCUACUGUUUUAUCAAGAUUUGAUUGGUCGUUGCCACAGGGUGUAAAACCGAAGGACGUAGAUAUGAAUGAAACUUUUGGUCUCGCUAAUCACAGAAAGGUUCCACUACUUGCUCUUGGAAAACCUGUUCCAAUGCAUGCUUGGUAA